AAACACCUCAUACGUCAUCUGCGCGCGAAAGAUUUGUGUGGGUUGUAUGAUUGUGCUCUGUAACUACUUUGUAAGAUGCGUUCAACUUCAUAUAUACAUUAAUUUAUAUUUCUGAGCUUUUAAGUGAGACGGAGACGGAAUACUGUUGCUUAUUAAUUUGUUUAAUAAGGAGAUUUGAUACGGUUGUAGAAAUUAUCGGCUGACCUCGUAUCAGACCUGCACAAUGAGCCGCUAUAUCACAAGACUGAGAAUGAGAAGAACCUACAAAUGGAAUGGGAGACCAAUUAGUGAAGACAGGAAGCUGAAAAGGCAAUACUUUGAAUCCAUGUCCAUUUCUGUGGAGGGAAAGACAGAAGAUGCAACUGUGUCUUUAGGCCAGUACAUUUUGAUUGAGGGCGAUGACGAUGACAAUCCCUUUGUGGCACAACUUUGCAAACUAUAUACUGAUGAUUCAGGAAAGAAGAAGACUGCAGUAGUGCAGUGGUUUGUGCGGAUGUGUGAAGUACCUCAGAAUAAACGCAAACUCUUAGGCAGAGAUCCCCAUCCACAAGAGAUAUUUUUCUACCAGGACCACUCUUGUGAUAAUGAGGUGGAUGGAGAGACCAUUCUUGGAGCAGUACAGAUUGAGUAUGUCCCAGCUGAGGAUUCUUUCCCAGAGGUCAAGAGCAAAGACGUACUAUUUGUCAAACUCUUGUGGGAUACCAAAUCCUUCAGAGCGUUGGAGCCUGAGCUGGUGCAGCCUCCUCAGAAGAGCCCUAAAUCUCCCGCACCAUCUUCACGGGGCCCUCAGACUCGUGCUCUUCCAACCCCAGACCCCUUGGUAAUGAAACGGGCCAUGUCAUGCACUCUCACCCGUGGCAGCAUGAGCACCGGCAAAAUGAACUCCAGUGAAGCGGAGUCUCUUCACUCUGCCUCCAAACUCUCUGCAGCUAAAGCUCUUAGUGCAAAGAGGAGAAGCCGAGCUUCCUCUGGGCCACAUGUUCGCAAGAAGCUGGACUUGUGCAGUCCAACUAAAAACAUGUCCCGAGAUGAUGUUCUGGGGGAGAUUCUUGAUGAGCACACAGAGAGAACGCUGACGUCUAAGUUGAACACAUCUCCAACGGGUCGCAUCUCCAUUUCUAUUAGACUAACUCCACUAAAUCUUAAUGAGGAGGAGCGUGUCUCUCCUCUGUCCUCACACAGCCCAGAUAAGCCCAAACUGACUGCACAUCACAAAGACGAUGCAACCAGUGUCUUUCUUGGGGUGCAGCCAGUUGGGGAUGAUGAUCCAGAGCCACUAAUUAGCACAAGCAGAACUCCCCGGAAGAGAGAGUCAACCCCUAGGAGAGCAGGUCUAAGAGGCCUGAAGGCAAGAACUCCAUCCAAGAAAGAUUCAGCUGCACUCAGAGAACCAGCACUGGCUGCUUUAGCUGAAGAGGAGCAUGAAGAUUCACCCAUCCAGACUGCUGCCACUCCUCGCUCUAAAAGGAAAUCUGCCCAACUUGUGUCCUCACGCAUCAGAAAGCAGCUAAAUUUAUUAGGCAGCAAGGUUGACCUGCUGUCAGAUGGUGAGGAUGGUGAUGAUGAUGACUCCUUCAUACCUACUAAAACUGAUCUGCAGAGUAGCAGCGAUGAGGAAGAGGAGGCAAAGAUUGACAGCGAAGAUGAGCUUAUAGUAAAGAAGCAUAGAGGAUCCCGAACACCCCGGUCUACAGAGAAAACCCGUGCCUCUUCUAGAACCCCACGGAAAACGCCCAGCAAGAAGACUGCUCCAGCCACCCCACGUACACCACGUCAUGCCACUCCCAGCAUACCCAGCAGGAGUGCACCGGCCAGGAAGCCAGGGAAUGUUCUGGAAGAAGCACGGGCACGGUUACAUGUGUCCUCUGUUCCUGAGUCUUUGCCAUGUCGAGAACAAGAGUUCCAGGACAUCUACAACUUUGUGGAGAGUAAAGUCAUUGAUGGCACUGGAGGGUGUAUGUAUAUCUCAGGUGUUCCUGGUACUGGUAAAACUGCAACAGUACAUGAGGUGAUCCGGUCCCUUCAGCAGUCUGCUGAACAAGAUGAGAUCCCUCACUUCCACUUCAUCGAGAUCAAUGGCAUGAAAAUGACAGACCCACACCAGGCUUAUGUACAAAUACUGCAGAAACUGACUGAUCAAAAAGCAACACCUGAUCAUGCAGCUGCACUACUGGAGAAACGCUUCAGCGCUCCUGCGCCCAAAAAAGAGACAACUGUGCUUCUAGUAGAUGAGCUUGACCUCUUGUGGACCCGUAAACAAAAUGUGAUGUAUAACUUGUUUGAUUGGCCAACAAGGCGCAAUGCUCGUCUGGUGGUUCUUACCAUUGCAAACACUAUGGAUUUGCCUGAGAGGAUCAUGAUUAACCGUGUUGCCAGUCGACUGGGACUAACAAGAAUGUCAUUCCAGCCAUAUACCUUUAAACAGCUACAACAGAUCAUCACAUCGAGACUGAACAGAGUGAAGGCUUUUGAGGAAGAUGCUCUUCAGCUAGUCUCAAGAAAGGUGGCAGCGCUUUCAGGUGAUGCACGACGUUGCCUUGAUAUCUGCAGACGGGCCACAGAGAUUUGUGAGCACUCUGGAAGUCAGAAGAAUGGCAGUGGAUUGGUGGGGAUGAGUCAUGUGAUGGAAGCUUUGGAUGAGAUGUUCUCCUCUUCCUACAUUGCAGCUAUCAGGUGUGCUUCUGUUCAGGAGCAGCUUUUCCUGAGGGCUGUUAUUGCAGAGUUUCGUCGACUGGGUCUAGAAGAGGCCACUUUCCAACAAGUGUUUGUUCAGCACCAGGCUCUGUGUCGUGUUGAGGGUUUGCAGCCGGUGAGUGUGUCUGAAGGACUGGCCGUCUGUCAGAGACUGGGUUCCUGUCGCCUGCUUCUCCUUGAGGGAAGCCGCCUGGACUUGUUUCUCCGUAUCCGACUCAAUGUUAGUCAGGACGAUGUGCUUUAUGCAUUGAAGGCUGACUAA